AGCAACGCUUGCUUUCUUUCCUCCACGAGAAGCACUGCCGAGAGGUACCCCUGUCCACUCCGGCGAUAUUGGCCAAGAUUCUGCGGUUACGUCUGCCGAUCAAGCAAGAAAAAAAAUUCAGACUUAGAAAAAAAAGUCAAGGACUGAAUCGACCACCCCCUCAAGGGGGUUAGAUAGUUCUUAAUUAUAUAAAAAAAAAACUUUGUUCCUUUUUAAGAUUUGGAAGAUUUUGUCAGAAGAAUUAAAUCAGAAAAGAAACUAAAUUUUAGUUAAUUUUUUUUGUUUUGAUAAGUGAUAACUGCGAUGCUCAUAUCGAAAGAUCUGUUAGUGUUAGGCCAGCAGUAUCUGAAUUUGAGGAGACAAGAAAAAGUCAUGAAGGAACUUGCGGAGUUGAAACCAGAAGAAUCAUUAGGACAACUAAAUGGUUCUGGAGAAGGCAGCAACAGCCCCACUGGCAGACAAAAGCCAGUGGAACUGCUCUUUAAAGAUGUGUGUGUCUCCUACGAAGGUAAAUCCAUUCUCAGGGAUGUCAGUGGAAUGGUUCGACCUGGAGAAUUACUGGCUAUCAUGGGGCCAAGUGGUUCUGGAAAGACUACAUUGCUUAAUGCUAUUGGAGGACGAACCCCUAUGGACAGCGGAAUUGUGACUAUGAAUGGAGAGGAACUCAACAAGCAAUUGAGAAGAAAGAUCUGCUAUGUCCUCCAACAAGACGUCUUCUUCACAGACCUCACCCUCAGACAGACUCUCAUAUAUUCCGCCCUUUUGCGACUUCCCGACAGCAUGCCUUAUUCCGAGAAGAUCCGACAUGUGGAGUGCAUCAUCGACAUCCUGGAUCUCAGGGGAUGCCAAAACACAAUUAUUGGAGAUAUGUUGAAAAGAGGAUUAUCUGGUGGUGAAAAAAAACGAGCUAACAUUGCCUGUGAGCUUCUACAAAAUCCUUCUCUCAUGUUACUUGAUGAACCCACCUCGGGUCUGGAUUCGUGCACCGCUCAUUCCCUGAUGGUCUCUUUGAAGAGACUUUGUGCAGAAAACAAGUCAUUAGUGGUAACUGUUCACCAACCAUCCAGCCAAAUUUUCUACAUGUUCGACAAGUUGCUGUUGCUAUGCAACGGACAGGUGGCUUACUUUGGAGAAGCCGGGAAGGUUGUGGAUUUUUUUAGCACCCUUGGAAUGCAGAUAUCUGCUCAUUAUAAUCCUGCCGAUUACAUCAUGGAACAAGUAAAGAGUAGUCCCGAUGUUCAAGAAAAAAUUAUCAAUGCAGCUAUUAAACAAAGGAAAGACCACGACUAUCCCAAAGAGCUCCAAGACGAUUAUUACUGCCCAUCUGUGGUCAUUGAAUCCUCAUCCCCUUAUGAGGGAAGCGGUGGCAAGUCCGUGGAAUGUGUCCACUGCCACAGACAGAUGUGGCCCGGUAUCAACCACAGAAAUGAUGAGAGGUGUGAACCCUGCGCACAUUCCUUAGUCUGGAAUAUGUCUCAAGAAUCCAUGGAUCAAGCGCAACCCGUCGAACUCCGUGUGAUGAUCGAUCCUGAUAAGAAGUUGUCUACAGUGUACAGUAAAGUCGAAACUAGAGAUGAUGACGAUUCUGGUCGUUCUUCUUGGUCCGAAGUGGCCAGCUCUACCUUUAGCAGUGAGGUGGAUUUGAAAGAAGAGAAAAAAUGGCCUACCUCUUUUUAUACUCAGAUGAAAGUACUGACCCAAAGGAACUUCAUGGAAGCCAAAUCCAGAAUGCUUUCAAAACUCAACUGGGUUCAGACUCUGGGGUUGGGAUUUAUUUGCGGAUCUAUCUGGUUCCAAGUUCCCAGGGAAGAAUCGAAAAUUGCUGAUAUCAGAGGAUGGAUGUUCUUUAGUACAACGUAUUGGAUGCUUUUCGCUCUUUUUGGAGCUCUGAUUUCUUUCCCACCUGAAAGAGAAGUGAUAAACAAAGAGAGAGCAUCUGGAGCUUAUCGGUUAUCUGCCUACUAUCUAGCCAAGAUGAUAGGUGAACUGCCUUUAGUGAUGACACUGCCCACUGUUUUCCACAUUAUCUCCUACCCCAUGAUGGGCUGCUCUUCUGCUGAAACAUUCUUCAGUCUUUGGGGGUUCCUGUUGUUGAGUACAGUCGUUGCACAAAGUGUUGGUUUAUUUGUUGGCGCAUCCUGUGUCGAUCUCCAAGUAUCUGUGACAGUAUCUGCCUUGUAUUCCUUGUCUACGAUGUUGUUUGGUGGAUAUUACGCUGCUACAUUGCCAAGCUGGUUGCAGUGGCUACAGUAUUGCUCCAUGGUUCAUUAUGCUUUCCAGAAUAUGCAGAUGAUAGAAUUUGGUGGUGGACCGCCUAUAAGAUGUGCCGAAUCCAAUUCCAUGUUCGAGAUCUGCCGACAGAGCAACUCCACAACCCACAUCCCCUUCGAACAGAUCAUCAGCCAGUCGGGAGAACCACUACCCAUGUGGGCGAACACCCUCAUCCUAAUCCUGUUCCUGGUGGUGUUCAGAUUCCUGGGUUAUGCCGUCCUCAGAUACGUCAGGAGACCAAAAUAACCACCUCAGCUCACUCCUCCAUGAGGAAGGCAACCCAGCAACCACCGAAACAUUCAUAGGUCCUCCAAUCUCUAGUACUUGCACUUCAUCCUCCAACAGUCAAGAACUUUCCUGGACUAUUUUUAUGCGAAUUUGCAGCAGGCUGAUAACCUGAGUGAUCCUCAUAUUAUUUUACACAGAUUGUAUAUGUAUAUAUAUAUAACUACCUUUAAAGGACAUAUCUAUUAUCAGUUUGUGUUGCAGAUUUCACCAUCAGGGUUACCAACCUGAUAUUGUGUUCAGAAGAAAGAGGUGCAUUUCAGUAACUGGAGUCGUGUGAGGGUGCGUCACUCACAUUCUUGUGUUCACUAAGUGAACAAUCACCAAUAUCUCUCUAUAGCCAAUGUGAUUCUCUUCUUCAUUUGUACAUAAACUAGUGAACAAAGCGAAUAGUGAAAUUUUAUUAGAUGAUACCUGUACCUUGUGCCAAAUGAUUACAAAACAGUCGAAGCGGGAAGAAAAGGCCUGGGAGAAAUGAGCAGUGUGUUUGUGCGAGUGACGUUUCUUACUUGUGAUAGAGAGAACAAAAGUUGAUUGUGUUGGAGGAAGGCGGAAAAAUGCCGAGCAUUUUCGAAGUACUCUUUACUUGUUCCAUCCAGACUAUAACGGUAUUGCAUUUGAGUUGAAGUGCGAAGUGUCACGCUGUCUUCGAUAUCACAUCUGUUCGUUUUUCUUUAAUAAAAAGAGGUUAUUUUUGUCUUUUUAAAAAAAUAUAUAUAUAUGUUUGAGAAUAUAUUCCAUCAGUUUUCACAGAACUCUCUGAAUGGACGAUUCUUCAUGCACAAAGAUCCGUUUAGAUUUAUUUACUUCACCCGUAGUUGUGCGUUAUGUGUUGAUAAUUUUAUGUGUGAGACUUUUAUCAUUAUCUCAUAGCGUUAAUAAUUUUAUGUGUGAGACUUUAUCAUUAUUUCAUAUACAUCUUUUUUUUUAAAGUUCAAAUUGUCAUCCAUUUUAGAAUGUCAUUUUGCACACAUCGUAUCAUUAUCAAAUGGAUGAUUUUUUUUUUAUAAAAAGGUAUGGACAAAAAAAAAAAAAAAAAGGAUCAUAGAUAAAUGAAAAUCACGAUUGGGUAUAUAAUUAUUUUUCUCUUAUUAGUUUUAAUAUUACUUUAUUUAAUCGAAAACAAAUGCAAUUUAUAGCUACAUUUGCAUUAAAAUGUUAUGUUUAUUUAAUUUUUUUUUCUCAUUUAUCAACUAUAAGUAUUUAUUCUUCAAUUUUUAUUGCACUGAAACAGUGUAAAAAUUAUAAUCAAUGAAUAUUUUUUUAAAAGGUAUUUUUCAUCUGAAUUAAAAAAAAAAAAUUCCAAACGUUUGUCCAUACCUGUGACUAGUUUAUAUAUACCAUUGGUUUUGAAAUGUUUUUUCUGUUAUGAGAGAAAAGAAACGAUUUCGUUUGCCAGAUGUAAAUGCAGAACAUCGUUUGGAAAGUUUAUAACUGUCGAUUUUUGUAAGUAUUUCAGUGUUAUAACGAUUUAUGUGGUUAGUUUGCGUAUGCACGAUUUAGAGUAUAUUUAUAAAAGAUUGCUAGAUUCUUUAGUAGUAACCAACAGCAAGUGCCUACUCUGUGAGGGUGACUUCGACGAUCAUAGAGAAGUUUCAUGCUUUCUGUGUCUUUGUGGCUACGCACUAACUGCAAUGAACGUAUUUGUAGAUGGAAAAAUUUAUAUUUUUAUAAUGUCUUGAAUGAUAUAUUUAUUUGGCUUUGUAUUCGUUUAUGAUGGGAAAAAGGAUGGUCGAAAAUUAUGUUGGAAAAAAAAAAUGACUGCAUAUUUAUUUAUUCUUCAAGUUGAAUUAUUUAUAUUAUAUUUUUAUUAUCAAAUUAUUAGAUGUAGUAAUAAAUAAUGGAUAAAAUGCAUUUAUCUUUAAAAAUUGCGUCUUCUAUACAGAAAUACACAUUUUCGAUAGAGUAAUCAUUUAUUUUUACAAGUCUAUGCGUUAUUGAAAUAUAAUCUCGGAAACUUUUUUGAAAGCUGUAUUUAAGAUAAGAUUUUUAGUUGUAUAUAAAGCAAAUGAUAUUUAAGUUUGCAACACAGAGUUUAAAAAUCAUGUGCAAAAGUUAUGUUUUUAAAACAUUUUUAUAUUUUCAUGACUAAGUUUUUUUUAUGGCUGAGAGAUUUAGUAAUUAUAGUUUUUUUUUUAUUUUUUGUAGUUAUUAGCAAAUAUAUGAAUCCAAUUUAAUUUAUAUCUAUGUUUUUAAAAAUGAUGACUUUAACAUUGCUUUCUAUUUGAAUGUGUAUUUGAACAUAUGUGCACUUUUAUUGAUAUAAUACUACAGUAGAACUUCGAUUAUUCGAGUUGCUAAAGACUAUGAUCGACUAUAAUUGCUAGAGACUAUAAUAAUAUUUUAAAUCGGAAUUUCUUUGCUGUUGACAAAAAUUUUAAUUUGAAAUUAUAAAAUUAAAUCCGUAUAUUAACAUUUUAACGAGUUUAUUUUUUAUUUAUUAUUAUAUUUCUUGUCCAAGAAUUUGAGAUUGUUUCUGAUAACCAUUUUCUUUCUCCGUUGCUUUUUCAUAGUGAUUUUUCAAGGACGUUUUUUCUCAAUAUAUAUAUUUCAUUUUUAAGAAUGCGAAACUUUUUGACACAUUUAGAAUGCCAUUUUCUUUUUCAGAUAAAUGUCUGGAAUUUGAGAUCACUAUUCAACUGCUUAAGAAUGUAAAUGAUUUUUUAGUUUUAUAUUUUUAAUGCUCCAAACUUCUUUUUGAAUUUAAAUGAUCAUCUUACAAUGAAGAUUUUCCAUUCGUUUUCGUGGGUAAAACAUUGGCACCAAAGCAUGCUUCAAUUUUUUUUCUGAAAAAUACUUUAAUUUUAUUAUUAUUAUUAUUAUUAUUUUUGCAAUGAGUUUGGUUAUCAAAGACGUCCGUUGGUAAAAAUCCGAAUAAUCGAAGUUCUACUCUACAGCCACGGUUGAUUAAUGCAUCGCUUUAUACAUGAUGUUAUGAUUUGAAAAUUAUUCAAAUAUAAAGUGACCCAGUUUUAUUAACUUAUUGUCAUUCGGUUUUUAAUAUAAACCAAGAUUGUCAUUUCAGAUCUGAAGAUUUUGUUUAAAACGAAUGAUUACUUUAUCGUGAUAAAACUUUACGUAUAUUCUUUAAACUUUUUUUUCCCUCAUUUUCUGAAAAUCUCAUCUUUUAUGCUAUUAUAUCUAAUGUAACCACUCUCUUGUAAUCUUAUUUUAUAGAAUAAGAUACAACUAGUAGAAACAGUCUCUUUUUUUUUAUACUACGUUAACGUUCCUACUGUUGUGAUAUCACCGUUAGAGGUGCUAAUCGAGACUGUUAUCUAUCUAUUCCAAAAUCUUAUGCUAAUAAAUUUCAGUACAGACUUUGUGAUCCUAAUGCAGCCUUUCACAGUGUUUUUAUUAUAAUUUCUUUUUUUUUUUGUUUUGUGUCUUGUAUUUCCUAUAAUUUUUGUAAAAGACAUAGUCCUAUCUAAAUCAAAGAUUGUAUAUUAACUUUUUGGUUCCUGUAGAAAAAUUUAGUUUUUAUUUUUAUUUUCGAAUGUUCUGUUUGAUUUUUAUUAUCUUUAGGGUUGCAUUAUGUCGCAGUGUUUUAGUGGCAUCGCUAAUGAUUACCACACUUUUUCAUCCAUUGAUUGGAAUUUUUAUGGCAUAAAAAAGAAAUUCUUGCUGUACGAUUUUUAAAAUCGUUUGUAAAAUUUGAAACUUGAUAUUCGUAAAUUAUUUAUGUGUUUUUGUAAUUCUUUUAAUAAUUUUCAAACAUUUUUGAUUUUAAAUUGGGGAUUUCUUUUAUGAUUAUUUGAAUCCCUCCCUUAUUUAUCUAUGUAUGUAUCUUCUUAUUUUAUCUCUUUUAAAGUGUUGUUUUGGUUAAAAUUCAGUAUGAUAUUCUUUUGAAGAUAAGAAAAUCUAUCGCUUUUUAUUAAUAUUGCGAUUUUUUAGUUCUUAAAUAUUAAUAUUUUAUCACAAUUAUAGAGAAUAUAACUGAUUUUUAUGCAGUUUUUUUCCGUCAUUUAAAACUUGGAUUGUUACAAUUGUUCUGGUGAUUCCGAACUUGAAAGUACCUUGUUGAUUCUUAUUGAAAGCUAAAGAUGGACGAUUUUGAAAUUUAGAAUUUGUAUAUAAAGCCUGUUGAAUGCUCUGGGGUAUUACCUGAUGGAUGUAUAAACUUGAGAAUAUUUAAUAAUUAUUUCCUUUCUACAAAACAAUUUUGCACUGCCAACAAUUUUUACACAAUUUUUAUUUCGAGGUUUUAUCCUUAUGUGUGUUCGAUCUGCCCGUGAAGAACUGCAGAUAUGUAUUAAUUUCACAAAUUAUCUUUUCAUUUUAAAUGUAGUGUCUCUUUUUGAAAGAAUUUUUGUGAAAAAUGAUCUCCAAAACCGAUUCAAGUAUUAGCCUGUUUUUAUUACAUCGUGAUAAAGUGUUCAUAUAUUACAUUACAUAACAUAAUUGACUGAAAGAAAUCUAUAAACUGUAACUUAGUAACAAAAAGAGUACAAUUGCAUUUUUUGUUAAAAAAAUUCCGAUGCAUUUUAAUAAAUGUUAAUGUGGUAAGAAAUAAACAUAUAUUCCAUAUUUUUUGUGAAAAUUAACUAACUAUUUCUUAGUAAAAAAUCGAUUGCAAAAUGAACACAAAUUUUCUUAAUUUUUUUUAAAUAUUAAACUAAAUAGUUGUCACCGUUUUUUAAUUUCCAACUAUUAAAGAAGGCUCAAACUCCAUUUUGGAAAAAAACAUAUAUUUUAUAUGAAAGAAUAUUUACGUGUUUAUUGAAAGUAAGAGUAACUGAGCGAAGAUUUUGAUGCAAAAUUGUACGAAUUUUUUUGUUAUUGUAUUUUAUGUAUUCUUUAAUUUCCAUCAUUUAUUUCAUACGAAUGUUACUUUUUUUUGUGAGAAUUCACGAUGACAACUUUGUUUCGAAUGAAAAGAAAGGUCCAAAGUUUAUUUGUGAAAAAGAUUCCGUACCACUUUACUAUUGCCACUGCCUAUAAGUGAAAGGCCAGCCUAAUUUAUAUCAUUAUGUGUUUUGUGUACGUUUUUCAUCAUAUCGAUUUUUUCGUUCUCUUUAUAUUGAGUAUUAAAGUGCUCUUACUUCA